UGCAGAUAAGUAAAUUUGCUUAUUUUUCUUUAUUCGUCAUUUCAAUUGCGUGAUAGUUUAAGUAUAAAUAAUAAAGAUUAAUAAAUAGUUCUAAAAACACAAGAGCAUUGACUAAUAUAAACAAUAAAUAUUGUUCCGAGGAAAUGAAAUUAAUUAGUAAGUCAUAUAAAUUUCGUUUAAUUUAAAAAGCAAUGUUGAAAUUACAUAUUACCAUCAAUAAAUUACCGGUUCAGCUAGGAAGGAUUUUUGAAAACUUGUUCACUUUAAAUUCACCAAAAUCACAAAAAUUUUCUAAAAUGUCGUUUGAAACAGAAAAAGAAAAAUUUUUAAAGAUGGAAUUAGCAGAGAAAAGAAAAUAUUAUCGCACAACUGAUAUAAUAACUUCAGAUCAAGUUAUGACAUGGCCAGAUUAUUGGGAAAAGAAUAAAGAUUCUAUAAAGCCAAUUGAUACUAAAGAAAUAGAAAAGACUAAAAAAGAGUUAGCCAAUAAAAUAUCGAUAAUGCAAGGUGACAUUACGUCUCUAGAAAUAGAUGCCAUUGUCAAUGCUGCAAAUUCAAGUUUGCUUGGUGGUGGUGGAGUUGAUGGAGCUAUCCAUAGGGCUGCUGGGCCAACCCUUAAAAAAGAAUGUGCAACACUAAAUGGAUGCAGUGUUGGUGAAGCAAAAAUAACAGGAGGUUAUAAGUUGCCAGCUAAAUACGUUAUUCAUACUGUUGGACCACGUGGAGAAAAACCAGAAAAACUCAAAGAAUGUUACUUAAAUAGUCUUAAUGUCGCUAAACAAAAUGAUGUAAAAACAAUUGCUUUUCCAUGUAUAUCUACUGGAGUUUAUGGAUAUCCUCAAAGGCCAGCUGCUAUAAUUGCAAUAACUACAGUCAAACAAUUUUUACAAGAAAAUUUUAACGAUAUUGAAAAAGUUAUUUUUUGUCUAUUCCUAGAUACUGAUAAAGAAAUUUAUGAGGAAUUGCUUCAAAAAUAUUUUGCUACAGAUUAAAUAAUUUGCAAGCAUUUAAUAAUAUCGUAGAUUUUAUAUCCAACUGAAUUAUUAUUUUUUACCAAUUUAAUUUUACCACACACACUUUUUAGAAAUAUUCAAUGACUUUCAUCUUUCAUAACUGUAUGCAAAUUAAUUUAAUCAAUUAAAAAAAAAUAAAACUUCAAUUGAAAAAAGGAUAACGUAAUAGUAAUUUCGCCGAGGUAUAGAAUUUUAAAAAAAUUACUUACCGCUGUUAUCAAUUAGAAGUUAAACAAAAUUUGUUGAAUAAACUUUAGCCAAAAAAAUUUGAAAAUUCGAAUUAUAAAGUUGACAUAAAGAUUUUACUGAAAUUUAUGAAGCAAAUUUCGUUUGACUCCCAAUCGAUAUCAACUUUAAGUAAUUUUUUUUUUAAAUCUAUAUCUUGGCGAAACUGCUACUACGUUGUCCUUUUUUUAAUUCAUGCUUUAAUUUGCUUUUAAUCAAUUAAUAAAAUGUUGAUACGCUUAUGAAAAUUGAAAGUCAUUGAAAAUUUUUAAAAAAUGGGAGGCGCUGUCUGAGAAUGGCCUUAAUUAAAACUUUCCUUAACCGACAAUUAUUAUUUUAAUCUGACGAAGUGUACAAUAAAAUAUUUUCCAAAAAGAUAACUAUCUGCAUAGCUACUACUUGUAUAUUUUUUAAUAAAUUCUUUUAUCAACAGC